AUGUCUUCGGAACCGCGACUUCAGCUAAAUGCGCUGCAGCGUGGUCGUGAUGUAGAGCAGCGAAGCCGUGGACUGUCUCUGAGCAGUUUCUACAAGGGAGAUAAUGACUCAAAGGAACAAACCGAUCUGGUAAAGGCGUUUUCCGAUUUUACCUUGGGUGCCGACUACCCCACGAACAACAAAGGUCGAUAUAUAAUGCCAAGAGCAGUAAGCGAUGGAAGUUUUGGCAAAAGCUUUCGGAAGAAGAUUAAAAAAGUGGUCAAGCAGGAGCGCAGGCACCAAAAAUCGCACUCAAGAGAUGAUCUCGUUGAGGUUCCAAGAGGUGCCCUUACAGCGAGUCGUGAUAAAAGCAAAAAAAGUUUUUCGCAGCUAAUUUCGUCUCUCUACAACGAGUCAAGGAAUGCUACAUGUUUAAAUGAAACUCAACGACAUUUCAAGGAGACAAGAAUGAGGCUGUUCGCAGCACGUACUGCCAUUGAUGUCCAUCCAAAGUUAAUUAUGUGUACGAAGGAAAAGCUAACUCAUGAUUUACAUACACGUAAGAACGUCACUGAUCGUUCUCCAGGCGUCUUUUCACUGCAUGCAGCUCACAUACUAGAUACUAACAAUGACCUCGAUAAUGUGGUGGAUUCAGCUCCAGCGCCGGUAUCAGAUGCAAGAAUGCGGCAACUAGUUGUACAAUGUCGCAGUGAUCCUGAGCUGGUUCAAAAUCUUCUAUACGAACCUCAAUACGAUGACAAAUGGAAAAACUGUUACACCGAUGUAUUUCUGGUAGAUGAAGGAAAGAAAAUAACAAAGCCAUACAAUCGCCAAGGAUGGGUGAUUCCCCUGAGGAAUAUGUGUGAAAAGGCAGGCAUAUCUUCAAAUUUCUUCACUGAGAAUCGAAGCGUUACAUUACAAGAGGCUCGCGCCCAUGUCCUGCGAGCUCGUUUGGAGAUGGCUAGCGAGCCGAGUGCUUGGCUCACAGAGCUCGAUCCACUAGUUUCAAAAAACGUUGACCUGAUGUCAUAUCUCUCCAGCGAGCUAGAUCCGCACGCUCUACAGACCCGGCUUGCACUCUACAACGAACAGACGUAUGCUGAUCGCGAUCGGAUACGAGUGGCUGGGAAAUAUUAUAAUAACAUACAGCUUGGCAAGCGCAUGUUUGGGCCGAGCAAGAAGCAGAAGUUCGUUUGCAGCAUCACCGGAGGCAUGGAAAGGAGGUUUGAGAUUUUGGACAAUCAAGUCAACCAUCUUCCAUUCACACACGUAGCAUUCGACGAAAACUUGGAUAAGUGCAGGAACCCAAGAGUGAAAUGUCGUGAUUCAUCGCGAGUGAUUCUUCGUUAUCCACCUGGCACAGAGAACUCUUUUAUUCACGCUAACUAUGUUCAUGGUGGUCCCCUAUUCAACAAAUUUAUUAUGACCCAAGCUCCAAUGGAGAAUACAAUAGGUGACUUCUGGAGAAUGGUCUGGCAAGAAAAAGCUCCAUACAUAUUUAUGCUGAUAGGAAGAAAGGAGAGAGAUCGCUGCGCUAAAUAUUGGCCUCGGCGUCAGGAGUCGAAUCCACUGGACAUUUGUGGUUUACAUAUUCAUAAUGUUGGAGUAUCAUUGUCACGUGAUCCAAUGUUCCGUGUCACUUACAUCCGCAUUGUAGAUGACUUCGGAGAAGAGCAUCGCGUAGAGCACUGGCAGGCUGACAUGAAUAACUCGAGCAAUCUCGAUUCACCACUCGCAAUACUCCGGCUGGCAAGAAACUCUACUCGACCUGUUAUCGUUCAUGAUUGCCUUGGAAUUUCACGUGCUGCUUGUGUUGUUGCAACUGAAAUAGCGAUCUGCAACAUUAUCAAGGGACCUACGUAUAAGCAUCCCAUCCAAAAGGCAGUUCAUUUUCUUCGACGUCCUGUGCGCGGUAUGACAGAAGAUUAUCAAAAGUGGUUAACUGAAAGAGCAGGUCGAAUGUUUGUGGAUAAUCUGGAUGCACCGGUACCUGGCUACCGCCUUUUAUCACCUCGAGUUGACCCAGAUCUCUUAAGGUUGGUCCGCCGCCCACAACGACCAAACGUCAGGAGAGAGGCUCCCGAUUGCGUCGGAGAACUCCCGAUUCCACUAAAUCCAAGUAAUGUGUUGUCCCAGGCGAGCAGGACACUGGAUUAUAAGUUGGUGGGAAAAAUAUUAUAUUUCUUCUCCUGGUGUUGGAAUCUUCACCACCGUCUAUCGGUGCACCUGUCUAGUACCUGCUGA